AUGUCUGCUCCGUGGGCGCCUCUCGUCGUCCUGGCGUUGCUCGCCUUGGCGGGCGAUGGAGCCGUCGGCGCGAAGGUGCACCACAAACACGGCAGGUUCACGGCGGGCCCGUGGAAGCCGGCGCACGCCACCUUCUAUGGCGGACGCGAUGGGUCCGACACCCGCGCCGGCGCGUGCGGCUACAAGGACACGGUGGCGGAGGGGUACGGCCUGCAGACGGCGGCCGUGAGCACCGCGAUGUUCAACGACGGUGAGACUUGCGGGGCGUGCUAUGAGGUGCGGUGCACAGACAGCCCGGAGUGGUGCAAGGCCGGCACGGCGCCUUUGACGGUGACGGCGACGAACCUGUGUCCGCCCAACUACCAGCUGCCCGGCGACGACGGCGGGUGGUGCAACCCGCCGCGCGAGCACCUGGACCUCACCAUGCCGGCCUUCCUGCAGAUCGCGGAGGAGAAGGCCGGCAUUGUGCCCAUCUCGUACCGUCGUGUGCCUUGCGCGAAGCUGGGCGGGAUCCGGUACACGAUCACGGGGAACAAAUACUUCAACAUGGUGGCGGUGACGAACGUGGGCGGAGCGGGGGACGUGGCGGCGCUCAAGGUGAAGGGGAACAAGCGCGUCAAGUGGACGUUGUUGCAGCGCAACUGGGGCCAGGUGUGGCAGACCUCCGAGGACCUCACCGGCGAGUCGCUCACGUUCCGCGUCAUGACCGGCGACCAUCGCAAGCACACGUCCUGGCACGUCCUCCCGCGGGACUGGCAGUUUGGUGUCACCUACCAGGCACCCAAGAACUUCUAACCACCCUGUAAGAUCGUGCUAGCCAGCCAGGUGUGAAUUCGUCGAAUCUCCUGUUUUGUGUCCCUCGGAGCAUGUAUGUCCAACUCCAACAGGACGUACAUGUGUCAAGAAACAAGAUUCCCUCUGACAAUUGACAAGGAACAAAGAAUGAAUGAAUGAAACAAGACUUGUGUCUGACGUUGCAUGGCUGGGCACUUUCAUGCUGCACCCAGGAAAGAACUAGAAACAAUUAGACAUAGCCGGGCAAGGUGGCGGCACAGAACGGGACAUCCUGUAACGUUGGAGUUGGACACACACAACUUCAUCAUCAAACAGCGAGGACACCACCACCACCACCCCUCCCUUCUCCGGGGAAGCUUUCCUUUCCUUCACGAUUCGAUGUUAACGCUGCAGUCGCAAGACGCGCCCUUCAUCUGUGAUCCUCCUUCCCGCGCAGUCUGUGG